AUGAAUCCAUCUUCUCCAACAUGCUCUCCACAGAGUUCCCCCAAUCCCGAUCUAAGCACACUCAGCCAUCGUCCAAGCCCGCGUCAGCAGAGCUCAAACACACCACCUAACAGCUCCGCAAACCCCCCGAUUCCAGAUGACGACCAUGGCGCGGAUCUUCCGAUGAAUAUGUCAGCAUCGGUCAUGCUGACCAAUUUACCCCUUGAUGCGCACCAGGCACUCGCCGACGUGGAGAGUAUUGAUUCGGGGAAAGUUACUGUUCGCUUCCAACCUCUCCCGUCAGCCCCAAUUUUGAAAAACCGGGUGUUCAAGGUUAGCGCUUCGCAGAAAUUCGAAACAGUUGUCAAGUUCCUGCGCAAGAAGCUGGACUGUAAAGAGACCGAUUCUGUCUUUUGUUAUGUUAACAGUGUGUUUGCGCCCGGGCUAGACGAAGGCAUGGGCGGAUUAUGGAGGUGUUUCAAGACGGACGACCAAUUGAUUGUCGCGUAUUCAAUGACCCCAGCAUUUGGCUGA